CACUCCACUUGUCAUCAGUCACCUUGUGUAAUCAAUCGUCGUUACCUAUCUACAUGAUUAAAAAGUGUUAACAAAAAGUUAAUAAAAACAAAUAGUUUUCAUUGCAAAUUAAACUCUUCAUUUUUUCCAUCUUUUGUCUACUAUCAUCAGCAGCAGAUAAGGUGACGCGCCGGGACCAGACACGAAACUAUACAAAAAUAUCGAUAUUCUAGUCAAUUCAUUUAAAUAUUUCGAAAUGAAAUAAGUGAAAUAGAAUUAAGAGUAUAUAAUAUUUAAUUCCGUACUUAUUACUUUUACUCAAGUUCGUCAGUAAGGUGUACAAAAUGCAGAUCCUUAAAGCGAGGUUCGCGCUGCGCACAUCCGCCUCCCAGAUCCAAGCAUGGUGUUGCGCGAAAAGUCGCACCGCCGCCACAGACUCAAAAGUAGUAGAAUACAAGCCGAUACGGAGCGUGCUCGUCGCCAACAGAGGAGAGAUCGCUAUCAGAGUGUUCCGAGCAUGCGCAGAGCUGGGCAUCAGAUCCGUGGCCAUUUACAGCGAGCAGGAUCGCUUGCAGAUGCACAGACAAAAAGCCGACGAGUCGUACUUGGUCGGCAGAGGCCUCCCGCCAGUGGAAGCCUACCUCAGUAUUCCAGAAAUUAUCAGAGUAGCAAAGGAAAAUGAUGUGGACGCUGUGCAUCCUGGCUAUGGAUUAUUGUCUGAGAGGUCUGACUUCGCGCAAGCCAUCAUCGACUCAGGUCUCCGCUUCAUCGGGCCAUCCCCGAAGGUCGUUCAGCAGAUGGGAGACAAAGUGGCUGCCAGGAAAGCGGCUAUUGACGCAAAGGUACCUAUCGUGCCCGGCACGGACGGUCCGGUGAACACGAAAGAGGAGGCCUUGGAAUUCUGCAAGCAACAUGGCCUACCCGUCAUUUUUAAGGCAGCCUACGGCGGUGGCGGUCGAGGCAUGCGGGUCGUGAAAGAGAUGGACGAUGUUGCUUCCUCAUUCGAGCGCGCCUCGUCCGAAGCCCUAGGCGCCUUCGGUAACGGCUCCAUGUUCAUUGAGAGGUUCAUCGAAAGACCUAGGCAUAUUGAAGUCCAGCUUUUAGGAGACAAGGCUGGUAAUGUGGUGCAUUUAUACGAGAGGGACUGCUCCGUGCAGCGCAGACAUCAGAAGGUCGUGGAGAUUGCGCCUGCGCCGCGCCUCGACCCCGAGACACGACAAAAAAUGGUAGAUUGCGCGGUGCACCUCGCCAGAUACGUGGGCUACGAGAACGCUGGCACCGUGGAGUUCCUGCUGGAUGACAAAAACAACUUCUACUUCAUUGAGGUCAACGCUAGACUACAAGUAGAACACACGAUAACAGAAGAAGUGACGGGCAUAGACCUCGUCCAGUCUCAAAUCCGUGUGGCUGAAGGCAUGACGCUGCCGGAGCUGGGGCUGACGCAGGACAAGAUCCAGGCGCAGGGCUACGCCAUCCAGUGCCGCGUCACCACCGAGGACCCGGCCAACAACUUCCAGCCGAGCACGGGCAGGAUCGAAGUCUUCAGGUCUGGCGAGGGUAUGGGUAUCCGUUUGGACUCGGCCUCUACAUAUGCGGGUGCUGUCAUCUCUCCAUAUUACGACUCGUUACUUGUCAAGGUAAUCUCCCACGCUCAAGAUCUCCCAGCCUCCGCAGCCAAGAUGAACAGAGCUCUGAGAGAGUUCAGAAUUAGAGGCGUCAAGACCAAUAUUCCAUUCUUGUUGAACGUGCUUGAAAACCAAAAGUUUCUCAAUGGCGCGGUAGACACGUACUUCAUCGACGAGCACCCGCAGCUGUUCAUGUUCAAGCAGUCGCAGAACCGCGCGCAGCGGAUCCUCAACUACCUGGGGCAGGUGCUGGUCAACGGGCCCGCCACCCCCCUCGCCACCUCCAUCCCCCCCAGCGACGUCACCCCCUACAUACCCCCUGUGCCUUUGGACCCCUCUGGGAAUGACCUUUCCCGUGAAGCCAUAAAAAAGCAGGAGUUGACUGGCGAAAACACAGUGAUCGCGCCCCCCCGCGGCUACAAACAGAUCCUGCAAGAAGACGGGCCCGAAGCCUUCGCCAAGGCGGUGCGCGAGCGCCGCGGCCUGCAGCUGAUGGACACCACGUUCCGGGACGCGCACCAGUCGCUGCUGGCCACCAGGGUGCGCACCCACGACCUGUUGGCCGUGGCGCCCUACGUGGCGCACAAUUUCAGCAAUCUUUAUUCGCUUGAAAACUGGGGUGGCGCCACUUUCGACGUUGCUCUUAGGUUCCUCCACGAGUGUCCGUGGGAGCGGCUCCGCGAAAUGCGUCGCUUGAUCCCCAACAUCCCCUUCCAGAUGUUGUUGAGGGGAGCCAACGCGGUCGGCUACACCAACUACCCUGACAAUGUCGUGUACAAGUUCUGCGAGAUGGCUGUAAAAGAAGGCAUGGACAUCUUCCGCGUGUUCGACUCUCUGAACUACCUCCCGAAUCUGAUCCUCGGCAUGGACGCGGCGGGCAAAGCCGGGGGCGUGGUCGAGGCCGCCAUAUCUUACACCGGGGACGUGUCCGACCCUAGCAAGAAGAAAUACGACCUUAAGUAUUAUCUGGGCUUGGUUGAUGAGCUGGUGAAGGCCGGGACUCAUGUGCUGUGUAUCAAGGACAUGGCCGGGUUGCUGAAGCCGCAAGCUGCUGAACUGCUGAUAACCGCGAUCCGCGACAAGCACCCGUCGCUGCCGCUGCACGUGCACACGCACGACACCAGCGGCGCGGGCGUGGCGGCGCUGCUAGCGUGCGCACGCGCAGGCGCGGAUGUGGUGGACGUGGCUGUGGACGCCGUGUCCGGCCUGACCAGCCAGCCCAGCAUGGGCGCCGUCGUCGCUUCGCUGCAGGGCACCGACCUGCACACCAACAUCCCCCUACAAACGGUAUCAGAGUACUCCGCGUACUGGGAGCAGGCCAGGACUCUGUACGGCCCGUUCGAGUGUACAGCCACCAUGAAGUCGGGCAACGCUGACGUCUACCUCAACGAGAUCCCCGGCGGACAGUACACUAACCUGCAGUUCCAGGCCUUCUCCCUGGGGCUGGGCAACCAGUUUGAACAAGUCAAGAAGGCUUAUAGGGAAGCGAACCUGCUCCUGGGCGACAUCAUCAAGGUGACCCCCUCGUCCAAGGUGGUGGGCGACCUGGCCCAGUUCAUGGUGCAGAACAAGCUGUCUGCGGCGGACAUCGAGGCGCGGGCGGAGGAGCUGUCCUUCCCCAAGUCCGUGGUGGAGUUCCUGCAGGGCGCCAUCGGGAUACCGCCCGGGGGGUUCCCGGAACCACUCAGAUCUAAGGUCCUGAAGGACAUGCCCCGCAUCGAAGGCCGCCCUGGACAAGAACUGCCGCCUUUGGACUUCGACAAGUUGAAGAAGGAAAUACAAGAGACGUACCCGCAUGUGUCGGACAACGACGUGAUGUCGGCGGCGAUGUACCCGCAAGUGGCCAGCGACUACUUCCGCAUCCGCGACAAGUACGGGCCCGUGUCGCUGCUCGACACCAAGACCUUCCUCACGGGACCCACGGUGGGCGAACGGAUAGAAGUGAAGAUCCAGCGCGGCAAGACGCUGGACAUCAAGACGCUGGCGGUGUCCGAGGAGAUGACGGCCGCCGGAGAGCGCGAGGUCUUCUUCGAGCUCAACGGGCAGCUGCGCUCCGUCUUCAUCCGGGACGAGAACGCCAGCAAGGAAAUGAAGAUUCACCCGAAAGCAGUGAAAGGAGACAAAAACCAAGUCGGAGCUCCCAUGCCCGGAACUGUACUCACGAUAAAGGUAAAGGAGGGUGACAACGUGGAGAAGGGCCAGCCCAUCGCGGUGCUGUCGGCCAUGAAGAUGGAGAUGAUAGUGCAGGCGCCGCGCGCCGGCGUCGUCAGCGCGGUGGCCAUCACCAAUGGACAGAAGCUGGAGGGCGAUGACCUCAUCUGCACCAUCGAGUGAGACAGACUAUACUUUACGACUUUGUGUAGACAGAGAAAAUUAUAGAACUUGUGUUCUUGUAUCGCUUGGUCAAGAGAAACGUGUGUUAGACAUAAAUGGGACGACUUUUGUCCUUCAUCGUAUGUCCGCUUUUACAAUGCCAUCUUGCAGAGGUUAUAUCUCACUCGGCUAGUCUAGCUCAUUGUUUAUAAUUUUCUUUGUCUUUGCUUUGUUGAGAGCGUAAUUACAAAAUAUUUUUUUUUUUUUAAUUAUUGUAAUAUUCUCAAUCUUGUUAUAAAGAAAAUUAAUUAUAUUUUUAUAAAUAUACUUAGAUGUAAAUAAGAUUAUAUGUAGUAGGUGAAUUUUAUUAUUGUAAAAAGAAAAUUGUGUUUAUGAAAUAUUAACACUUAAAAUAUAAAAACGUCUUUAAUCAAAUCAUAAUGUAUUUAAAAGAAUAAUUAAAAAAUUACAUUUCUGAAAUAUGAUGAUGUGAUACUUAUUUAGAUCUUGAUUGAGUUAUUAAUUUAAUAAUAUAUUCGCAUAUGAAAUUAACACAUCAUAAAGUAAAAAAAAAAUGUUUUGUAAUUGCGCCAUGUGAAAAAACUGGACACUUUUUGAACACGUAUCAUUUCAAUCUCCGCUCAGGUGAACGUCGCUCGAUCUAGUCUUAGCGUAGGAGUAAAUAAUGUGAUAUUAUGAUCCUGAUGAAUGAAUGUAGGUUGAUUCGAGCGCGUUUUACGUUUUAGGGCGAUAACGAACACAUUUUAUGGGCUGACAUGUAAUGUGCAGUGUUAAACCCGGGAGAAAAAGAAAGAUGUUUGAAAAUAUUAACGAUAAGAAGGAAUAUUAUUAUAAAUCGUUUUCUGUCAACUAUUAUUACUAAUGUUUGGCUUAAUUCGGAAUCUAAAACAGCCGUAUAAACGGACAAAUUCGACCAAAAAACAUUGUCUGUUUCAUAAACAACACCUUGAGUGAGGAAAAUAGAAAAUAUCAAUAUGGUCGCUUAUUAACGACAAAGAGAAAAGAUCUGUGUUUAUUAAUUUACGUCCAAUAUUUUCCCAGUUUAUUCGCAAAACGUCCGUAAACACAUAAUUUGUUAUUUGUUUAUUUAAACUUUUUUGAACAACUUUAGAAGUUAGCAAUAGUUAUUGUUAGUGUUAUACGCCUUACGGCAUUAAAUCUACCCCGUAUAUCUUGAUUCUUCACUCUGCCACGAACUUUACGAUCAAACAUAAAAUAAGAAUAUAAAUAAAAGACAACAUUUAAUCAUAUAUUGGGUUUGGACUUAGCUAAGUUGGGAUAAUAUUAGACAUAACGUAAACCCAACAGCUUCCUUUAGCUUCUGGAACAUGAAUGUAAACGUAGCGUGCGCGUCGACCGCUCGUGUGUUAUCGCCCUAAACAACCUAUGACUGAAUUUUCAUUGCCUUUAUCGAAAUCGAGAUUAAAACACUUCUAUUUUAUCUGACUUGUGUACAUUUUUUUUAUAUGAGCUGUAUUUAUAUAAAAAACUUUUUAAUAUAAUCAAUGAAUUUAUAUCCUGUGAUACUUCACUAUGCAAUAGUGUACAAAAGUGACUUAAUUCCUCCAUCACAGUACAAAUUGUGAAACAUAAAAUGUAAAGGUUUAAUUAUUUAUUAGAUGUAACCUUAGUUUUAGUAGUUCCGUUGUUUGGAAUUAAGUUGUGACAUCACAAAAGACAACUUGUUAUGUUGGCGGCUCGAGUCGCUCCUGAAAGUGUAUGGUGCUUAUUUGUUAUCGAAUAAUCGUUGUUUUUAUUUUCAACACGUUUAUAUUUUUUAUUUAAUAAAAGUUAUUUAUAUGUUUGUA